AAAUCCUUCAUUCUACUUACCGUGAAUUUUGCAACUGAUCCAUGAUCUGCGAUAUCGACGUUGGACAAAGCAAGUGAUCGCAUGGUCUCGUCAAAACUCGUCCUAGAAGCCAUUUGCUUGCAACUUCGACCAGCCACCAUUGAAAAAAAAAAAUCUUUUUUACGACCACGCUUCCUGGCAAGGUCACCAGUGUUAAUUCAAACCCACACCCCACUCUUUUGAAGUACAGAAUUCGAGUUGAGUACCUUUUUUACACACGCGUGACUGGUCGGACUUUCGCCGCUGCACUGUAGCUACUUAAUUGUGAUGGACACCUGCCCUCUCUUCCUGCCUUCAUGUCCGAUAUCGUGAAAUCCUCUACUCGUGGUCUUGAUUCAGUGGCCUCAAGUGCGCACGAUCCAGUGCCUGACAAUGGAGACGAGAAGAAAAUCGUCAUCCUGGAAGAUAUGUUCAGGGAUGGCGACGUUGAUCCGGUCUAUCAAGCCAAGGCUAGGAUCCUGAACACAGCUAUUCAGGAGAUUGGUAUGGGAAGAUAUCAGAUUUACCUCUUCUGUUGCGCGGGAUUCGGGUGGUUUGCAGACAGCGUGUGGCCUCUUAUUACUGGGCUCAUCAUGUCGCCAGUGGUAUCAGAAUUCAAGUUCAAUGCACCGUUUCUGAUCUUGGCCGCUAACGUCGGUCUUCUUGUUGGUGCAAUCUUCUGGAGUUUUGGAUGUGAUGUCUGGGGAAGAAGAUGGUCAUUCAACUUAACUUUGUUCAUCACCGGCAUCUUUGGUCUCGCCGCUGGCGGUUCGCCCAAUUUCAUUGCACUCGCUUCUUUGCUAGCUGUCGUAGGUAUUGGUGUAGGUGGGAACAUGCCUGUAGACUCUGCAGUGUUUCUGGAUCUAGUCCCUGCAAGUCAUCAAUACUUGUUGACAGUCAUGGCCGUUUGGUGGUCGCUUGGCCAGUUGGUCGUCAGUCUGCUUGCAUGGCCUUUUAUUGCCAAUUUCUCUUGUCCUGUCGAUGCAACGACCUGUCCCCGCUCCGAAAAUAUGGGUUGGAGAUACCUUCUCUUUACUCUUGGCGCAUUAACCCUCGUGCUCUGGGGUGUUCGUUUCUUCUUGUUCAAGCUCUUCGAAAGCCCUCGGUUCUUAGUAGGAAUAGGAAAAGACGCUGAAGCCGUUGAGGUCAUCAAUAAACUUGCCCAGUACAAUUCCACCACAACCACACUGACCGUCGACCAAUUGGUCAAUGCGGGAAAAUCGGUACUCGGAGACAAUGUGUCUGAUGUUCAGCAUCAAGAGAAGAGGAGGUCCGUUCUGAGCCAGACAUCUGUCUUUGGUGUCAAGCACGUCAAAGCGUUAUUCGUGACUAAAAAAUUGGCAUUCACAACUUCACUAUUGAUAUUGAUGUGGGGUGUCAUCGGUCUGGCGUCGACGUUAUACAACAGUUUUUUGCCUUACUUAUUCACUACUCGUGGAGCUCAGUUUGGAGAUGGCUCGCUAUACAUUACUUAUCGCAACCAAUUCAUCCUUAGCGUCAUCGGAAUUCCUGGUGCAUUCCUCAGUGGAUGGGCCGUCGAUCUGCGGAUUUUGGGACGGCGUGGUACGCUGGCAAUAACAUCGGGCGAGUAUUUCAACUUACUGGUUUAGUUUAUCUUUAUUCAACGACCCCGCGCGAAAGACAGGGCUCACAGGUGCCUUUCUGUUCGCGACGACCACCGCGCGGAGUUCCAACGCUCUGCUUGGGUGGAACUGUGGUUACACCUUCUGUAGUAAUAUGAUGUAUGGGGUUUUGUACGCCCUCUCGCCCGAGAUUUUUCCUGCUAAGGAUAGAGGAACGGGAAACGGGCUUGUGUCGACAGCAACACGGGUUUUUGGCGUCAUCGCACCUGUUAUUGCGCUUUACGCGGAUAUACGAACGUCUGUUCCAGUAUAUGUUGCUGGUGCCCUCAUUAUUUUUGCGGGGCUUUUGGCACUUUUGUUACCGUAUGAGCCCCGUGGAAAGGCUUCGAUUUAGCAAAGGUUGAUUAGGGGGAGUCAUGUCACGUACGGAGGCGUUGAAAUAAACAUUGAUGGGUCUGUCUGGCUAUACACUCAAUUCACCUAAGAGGCGAGAAUAACUACUAUAUAUGUGG